AUGCAAUAGGUUUUACUAUGUAAUUGUACUAUCAAAGUCAUUGCAAACACACCACAUACAUACAGGAGGUGUUUGUGUUCUCCCUAAAACAAUGCAGAAAGCACUCAGAUACUUUGAAUUAGAUGCAAUGCUCUCACUGAGUGAAAGGGUGCCUAGACAAUAUCCAACUGAUUUAAGCAUGCUGCAAAAUAUCAACCGUCAUCCAUAUGAAACAGAGACUAGCUUUAAAUCAAGUUACAUUGAAGCAUUUCACAAAGUAAAGACACAAUCAAUGAAAAGCCACAUAGAUCAGUUAAAAGAAACACCAAAGGGUUUACAGCAAAGAAGGAUAUUAAGAGAACUUAAAGAGUUCAUGCAUAAUCCUCAUGACAGCAUAACAGUUUAUCCAAGUCAAACAAGUUAUUUGAAAUGGAAAGUGCUGAUGUUUGUCCCAAAUGAAAGUGCUUAUUCAAGAGGAGUAUUUGCUCUGAGUGUUGAAUUUCCUAAAAAAUAUCCCUAUACCCAACCUGAAAUACGCUUUCUUACACAAAUAUAUCAUUGCAAUGUUAGUGGGAGCAGUGGGAGGAUAUGUCAUGCAAUACUUGGAGAGUCAUACACACCCUCCACCAGUAUGAGAGAAAUACUGAGCUACAUUUAUGGACUGUUGAUGUGUCCUGAUAUUGAUACACCCCUUGACAGUGCACUUGUUGAAGAAUAUGGAUACCAGAGCGGUAAAGACAAAAGUGAUACUGCAUAUUUUCAAGUGGCAAGUGAAUAUUUCAAAAAAGCUAGAGAAAGUGUCAGAUUGCACUCAAGUAGAGCAUUUGAUGACUUACACAAGGAACUUAGUGGACAAAUAUCUUGAACAAUGUGCAACUGACUUGAUUAUUUACAUUGAAAAAUAAUUAAA